GAUUAAACAAAUUGCAUAUCCGGUUUGACCGGAAAUGAGUGUCGCGCGGGGCAACCAAAACGAGUAAACACGACAGAGUGGACUUUCUGAAGAGGACUCAUCUGAUGUUUAACUCUCGGACAUCCUGAACUGAAGACCUGCUGCUGUAAUGGCCAGCAUCACCGAUAAAGAGGAAGCUCGGGCCGAGUUGGACUCGAUCGAUGCCGAGUUGGAGGUGCUGGAGCUGCAGAUCUCUGAGCUCCUGGAGAAGCAGGCUUCUCUAACUUCCAGGAAAAAUAAACUCCUGAAGAUUCUCGAUGGCUCGUGUGACUAUGCUCAGCCCUCGGGAUCUGCAAAGGCGUCCAAACCUACCUUCAGCAAAAAAGACUUGCAGCACUAUGAGGAGUCAGGUUUCUCAUGGACGAAAGAGGUUGAGGAGAAACUGGCGAAUGUGUUCAAACUCUCCAAGUUCCGACCUCUUCAGCGAGCCGCGAUCAACCUCAGCAUGUCGGGGAGAGACGUCUUUCUGGUGAUGCCUACAGGCCGCGGCAAGAGCUUGUGCUACCAGCUACCGGCUAUCUGCUCGAAAGGUUUCACGCUGGUCGUCGCUCCGUUGGUGUCUCUGAUGGAGGAUCAGCUCAUGUAUCUGAAGUCCAUCAACGUUCCUGCUGUAACACUUAAUGCUUCUAGUUCAAAGGAGGAUUCGAAAUACGUCAUGGCAGGUAUGAUUGAUAAAAACAGCCCCUUCAAACUGCUCUACGUCACUCCGGAGAAGAUCUCCAAGAGCAAACUGCUGAUGUCUAAACUGGAGAAAGCUUAUAAUAUGGGUCUGCUGGAGCGCAUCGCUGUGGACGAAGUUCACUGCUGCAGUCAGUGGGGUCAUGACUUCAGACCAGAUUACAAGCUCCUGGGCAUUCUCAAACGUCAGUUCCCUAAAGUCCCACUGAUCGGCCUGACUGCUACCGCAACCAGCAGCGUUCUGAAAGACUGCCAGAAGAUCCUGUGUGUUCAGGAUCCAGUCACACUUACAGCACCAUUUAACAGGCCUAAUCUCUAUUAUGAGGUUCGAUUUAAAGACAGUGAAGACUCGACUAAAGAAAUUGCAACACUGAUAAAAGGAAGAUACAAGGACCAGUCAGGAAUAGUGUAUGUGUUCUCGCAGAAAGAUGCAGAGACGGUGUCUGCAGAGCUGCAGCAGAGGGGCAUCCUGGCUCAGCCGUACCACGCAAACAUGGAGCCUUCAGACAAGAGCCUGGUGCAUCAUCAGUGGGCGAGCAAAAAGAUUCAGGUGGUUGUUGCUACGGUAGCGUUUGGAAUGGGCAUUGACAAAGCAGACGUGCGGUUUGUUAUCCACCAUACCAUCAGCAAGUCCAUGGAGAACUACUAUCAGGAGAGCGGACGUGCAGGGAGAGAUGACGGUCCAGCAGACUGCGUUGUGUUCUAUGGGUUUGCGGAUAUUUUCAGGAUCAGCACCAUGGUUGUGAUGGAGAACACCGGCCAGCAGAAGCUUCAGAAUAUGGUGGCUUAUUGUCAGAACGUGGACAGGUGUCGGCGUGCCAUGAUGGCGGUUCAUUUUGAUGAAGUUUGGGAUGAUGAUGAAUGCAACCAGUCGUGUGAUGUCUGUCGCCAUGGCAGUGACUACAUCACCAUGGACAUCACCAAGCACGCACGUGAGGUGGUGGACAUCGUAGAGUUGGCUGCGUCUCUGGACGAGAAGAUGACUCCUCUGAAGGUGUGUGAUACCUGGAUGGGGAAAGGCAGCGCCAAGAUCCGUAAAAUGGCCAAAGUCACGACCCUGUCACGCCUGGAGGUGGAGUCCAUCAUUGUUCAUCUCUUACUGCACGGCUACUUCAGUGAAGAUUUCAGCUUCACGCCGUACACGACGUACUUUUACCUGAAAGCAGGACGUAAAGCUGGCUUACUGAAGAAUGAAAACCACUCUGUGAUGAUGAAGAUGAGGAGGAAGGUGUCUACACCCAGCUCCAGUGUCAUCAAGAUUGAGAAUCAGUUUGUCCCUGACAUUUGGACAUGCUCUGGUGUGGAUUUCAUAAAGCCUGAGUGCCGUAAAAAACGCAGAAUAAGGAGGAGGUGGAGAAAUCUCAGGCACGCCAGUGAGGCAGUGCAGCAGGCCGCGAUCGCCACGAAAAAGAAGAGAAGUAAAAGACGACGCCAACGGCGAGCACAGAGACAGUACGUUCAGAGCAGUGUGUGCAGCUCACAGGACGUUAAGCCUGUGUUUAAAAGCAGGAGCAGAUGCUUUCGCUACAGACUCAAGCAGAUUGACCAAUCAGCUGCUGAGCUGCAAGAAGAAACUCGCGGAUGCUCGAAGGAUAUCAAUACUGAUCAAAAUGCAAAUGGAAAUUCAAUCAAAAUGAACACUGACCAACCGAACCCAGAGAGGAGACUUUCCCAAAAUCAGGAAGACUCCAGCUCUUUACAAGCACCUGAAGCUAGCCAGCCGUCUGUAAUUGAAGUGAAUGUAGAAGUGAACGUUCAGGAACAGAAAGGUGUCGCUGAAAACGGCGUCCAAGGUUUCAAUAAGAUGACUAAACGACAAUUGGUGCCAUCUAAAAGAAGACGACAGCAAUUUUCACCUCCAUCUUCGAAAUCAGUUCUGGCCAGCUGUCCGUCUGAGACCUCCAUCAUUUCCGCAGCAGCCCUCGAAGAGCUGUGCGACCUCCGCAGCUACUACAGCAAACAGCUGAGGAGGAUAAACUACACUUCCCACGAGCAGCUGCAGGAAUCCGGUUCAGGAAUGCUGACGUGUAUAAGAGAGCCGCUACGAAGUCUCCGUCUCCCGUCCAGUACCACGAUAGCCAAAAGUGCUAGAAAUUUAUGGACCCGUGUUAGUAUGAGAAGGAAACUUAUCCAGAGAUGACCACGUGUACUAUUUUGGUUAUAAAACAUGUAAAAACGAUGGAAGUUACCUCAAGUUACAUUUUCGAAAAUUUAUUUUUGAAACCCCUUGCUUCAGGAAUGUUUGAAGUGUUGCACUGUCCACUUGUUGAAAGAGACAGCGAUCAGUGUUUGAUUUUGUAAAUUAUGUUGUUUUGUUUUUUUUUGUUUGUUUUAUUUAUGCUGAUGUUAAAAUGAUUAAAAAUAAUUAAAAUAAUAAAUAGAAUAAAAAUAUGAGCACUCCCUAGUAUAGGUUAGUUUAUACCACAGUGCUGUUGAAUUCUGGCUUCUGAUUGGUUAGAGGUUGUUGAGAGAUUUUCUGUAUCUGGCAGUAGUGUAGUAACAGCUCACUCACAGGAACUUGUACAGCGGACGCUUCACAUAAACGGAUUAAAAAAAUGUUUGUAAUUGUUGAUUUGUUGAGGAUUUCUGUAAGAAGACAUUAACAGUAACCGUCGGAGGUAAAGCUGUAACUUUAAGCCUUCAGGACAGAGGAGGUUACGCUUUGCGGUUUCUCGGUAAUGUGUCAAGCUGCGUUGGGGUUUUUUGUUGGGGUUUUUUUGUUGGGGUUUUUUGGUCUUAUUCAUUUCAAGAGAGAGAAAAAAAGGCUUGUGAGUGUUUAUAGCUGCUAUAACUAACUUGUUUCCUGGAUGUUCCACAGCAUGAACUAACUGUAAAAAUGUGAUCUGUCACUCUUUACUAAAUAAAAAUUGUCAUCUUUUUUUUUUUUUUCUUUUUUUUUUUUUGUAAUGUUUUGUUCAAAUUUGCUGUGGUAUACAAGAGGAACAAAACAUUUCAGGAUGUAUUAUUACAGGAAAAUAAUCAGCUUUGGUGUGCUAACAGUAACUCUGCUUCAUCAUACCACUCCUUCGUUGAUUAUUUUCCUAUAAACACACCCCCCUAAGUGUUUCAUUCCUCUUAUAACACAGCGGUUUGCCAACUAUUACAAUUAAUUUAUUUAAAAAUGCCAUGUCAUACUUUUAUCCAUUCAUAAUUAUGUUUAAUAUUAUAUCCUUAACCAAGUGAUUAUGGUUUAUUAGUUAAUUAUUUGUUGCAUUUGUUAAUAAGAAAUUGGUAAAGAAAAAAAAUUGUCAUAUGUUGGCUGUUAUUAUAUGGCUUUGCUGUUGCUGUUUUUUUUUUUUCUUCUUUUUUUUCCUUCCUUUUUUCUCCCCAAAUACCAUUUGUUUGAUUAUAAAUUCUAACUUGUAUACAGAUCCAUUUUUAAGUGAGCCCCAUACAAUCCAGAAUCUAAUAAUUGUUCCUCAAAAGAAGGGGGGAAAAAAUAUUGUUUAUUUCUGUGUGGUUUUUGUCCUCAGUUAACGAUAUCCUUUGUUAUAAUGCUCCAACAGAUUGCAAUGUUUGUACUUUGACCAGGAAUAAAGUUUCAGAGCUCAUUGGUA